AUGCCGUGCUGCCCAAUGACCCAUGCUGCACUGCCCCAAUCCCUCCCUCCCUCCCUCCCUCCCUCCCUCCCUCCCUCCCUCCCUCCCUCCCUCCCUCCCUCCCUCCCUCCCUCCCUCCCUCCCUCCCUCCCUCCCUCCCUCCCUCCCUCCCUCCCUCCUCCCUCCCUCCCUCCCUCCCUCCCUCCCUCCCUCCCUCCCUCCCUCCCUCCCUCCCUCCCUCCCUCCCUCCCUCCCUCCCUCCCUCCCUCCCUCCCUCCCUCCCUCCCUCCCUCCCUCCCUCCCUCCCUCCCUCCCUCCCUCCCUCCCUCCCUCCCUCCCUCCCUCCCUCCCUCCCUCCUCCCUCCUCCCUCCCUCCCUCCCUCCCUCCCUCCCUCCCUCCUUCCCCUCCUCCCUCCCUCCCUCCCUCCCUCCCUCCCUCCCUACCUCCCUCCCUCCCUCCCUCCCUCCCUCCCUCCCUCCCUCCCUCCCUCCCUCCCUCCCUCCCUCCCUCCCUCCCUCCCUCCCUCCCUCCCUCCCUCCUUCCCUUCCCUUCCCCCCUCUCCCUCUCAACCUCAAGACAUCCCUCCCUCCCACGGCCCUCCACGUGUCCGCCCGCUUCAUACAGUCGCAGAACUCCCUCCUCCCUCCCUCCCUCCCUCCCUCCCUCCCUCCCUCCCUCCCUCCCUCCUCCCUCCCUCCCUCCCUCCCUCCCUCCCUCCCUCCCUCCCUCCCUCCCUCCCUCCCUCCCUCCCUCCCUCCCUCCCUCCCUCCCUCCCUCCCUCCCUCCCUCCCUCCCUCCCUCCCUCCCUCCCUCCCUCCCUCCCUCCUCCCUCCCUCCCUCCCUCCCUCCCUCCCUCCCUCCCUCCUCCCUCCCUCCCUCCCUCCCUCCCUCCCUCCCUCCCUCCCUCCCUCCCUCCCUCCCUCCCUCCCUCCCUCCCUCCCUCCCUCCCUCCCUCCCUCCCUCCCUCCCUCCCUCCCUCCCUCCCUCCCUCCCUCCCUCCCUCCCUCCCUCCCUCCCUCCCUCCCUCCCUCCCUCCCUCCCUCCCUCCCUCCCUCCCUCCCUCCUCCCUCCCUCCCUCCCUCCCUCCCUCCCUCCCUCCCUCCCUCCCUCCCUCCCUCCCUCCCUCCCUCCCUCCCUCCCUCCCUCCCUCCCUCCCUCCCUCCCUCCCUCCCUCCCUCCCUCCCUCCCUCCCUCCCUCCCUCCCCUCCCUCCCUCCCUCCCUCCCCUCCCUCCCUCCCUCCCUCCCCUCCCUCCCUCCCUCCCUCCCCUCCCUCCCUCCCUCCCUCCCCUCCCUCCCUCCCUCCCUCCCCUCCCUCCCUCCCCUCCCUCCCCUCCCUCCCUCCCUCCCUCCCCUCCCUCCCUCCCUCCCUCCCUCCCCUCCCUCCCUCCCUCCCUCCCUCCCCUCCCUCCCUCCCUCCUCUUUCCACAUCCGCUCUCCCCACAUCUCCUUCCUACCAGUAAUCCGGCCUUCCUUGAUAUCCGUUAUCAGAUCCUGA